AUGGACUUUUGGUCACGACUGUUGAGCCCCCUGUCCGCGGGCACCUCGCGCCAGGACCAGGCCAAGGACCCUGCCAAACGGCUGCAUCGGUUCGAGAAGGAGUACGGGAAUCUGCUGUCGACCUGGCGCUCGUCGACCAACCUCUCCCGAGACAGCGAUGCCGCCGAGACGCUCGAGAUUCGGCUCCAGGAGCUCACCAACAUCCUCAGCGACGAGAGCCGUCGACCUCUGCCGCACCCGUGCAUCCAGUAUGCCUCCAUCAAGCAGAUAUACGUGCCCAUCGGCAAGAUCGCCACCACGUCCUACAACGAAUGGAUCAUCAAGGAGGCCGUCCUCCUCUUCGCCACCCUCAUCGAGAGCGAGGAGGAGGCCUUUGUCGAAAACGACACCUUCUCGACGAGCUUGACGAACCUGCUCGUGCGCAUCACCGGUGCCAACAGCGUCCGCCUCGGCUUGGACACGGAGUCGCGCGUCGUCGAGCUGGCGUUUAACAUCACCACCAAGAUCCGUCUCGAUCCCGACAUACUCCCCGCCUGGUUCAAGGUGCAGCAGCCGGCCCCGCCGCCCGACGGCCAUGGCCGCGGCCGAGCCGCCUUCGCCGGCCUCACCCAGCGCGCCGACUUUCCCCUCUUCUACAUCCUCAUGGACUACAUCCACCACGAGGGCAAGGUCGGCGACUUUGCGAGGACGGGCCUGCUGUACAUCAUCGAAGCGGCCUCGAGCUCGGCCCUGCUCGAGCAGUGGAUCGUCGAGAGCGACCUGUCAACCCUCAUGGCCACGGGCCUCGGCGCCCUCUACAGCCAGCUGAGCCGCAAGCUCGUCAUCGAUCACCCCUCGCACGACCUGCCGCCCAUCCUCGCCCUCUCCGACUACCAGCACCCGACGUCCAGCUACGAAAUCGUCAGCUCCUGCUCGGCCGAGUUCAAGUCGCACCUCGAGACCUUCCUGUCCCACCUGCUGUUCUGGCAGGACGUGCUGAACCACUGCCGCUCCGUCGAGGUCAAGUCGACGCUGCUCGAGCACUUCCAGGUCAUCUUCCUGCAACAGCUGCUGUAUCCCUCGCUGCUCGAGUCGUCCGACAUCGACGGCGGCUCGUCCGUCGCCGUCCUCACCUACCUGCGGCGCAUACUCGAGUCCCUCGACCACCCUGACAUGAUCAACCUCAUCCUCCACUACCUCCUCGCCCUCCCGGACAUGGGCCCGUCCGAGGAGCGGGAGAGCUCGUCCAUCAGCGACGCCCGUCUGCGCAAGUCCAUGGACCUCGCCACCAUGAUGGCCGAGCGGUCCGAUGAUGCGGCGACGCCGCUCCUCUUCAACCUCGUCGACCUGAUCCUCGCCUGCCUGCGCUCGCGCAACCAGCAGACCAUUCACGUGACCCUCCAGCUCGUCUCCGCCAUCCUCAAGCGGCAUCAUCGAUAUGCCAUCAUCACCCUGCUCAAGACCGAACUGCUUCCCCGAGACGCCUCCGAGCGCACCGUCGGCGCCCACGAGCAGGAGAUUGACUACCUAAUGUCGCUCGCCGGCUCCAUCGGCGGGUCCGACAACCUCGAUGACGUGUACGCCAACGUCCUGAAGGAUACCAUGUCUCGGCUCGAGAGCCACCCGUGCUCGCUGAAGAUUGUCGCCCCCCGCGUCUCGACCAACAACCGCGAGCUGCCGGCGAUCCCCGACACGCCUCUUGGCGUGCCUAGGGGCGUGCGGACUCACACCCUCCGCGUCGACGACCCGCUGCUGAACGCCAUGCUCGACCUCCUGCGCACCUUCUUCAUCAACCCCGUCGAGACGAACCUGUCCGUCUCCGAGACGGUCGUGGACUUGGCCUGCUGCGGCUACAUGAGGAUCGACGGCUGGUUUGCUCGAAGUCCCAAGACCUACAGCUUCGCCGACGAGGAGGCGGCCGACGACGUCACCGACGCGACGUCGGUCGCGAGCGACGGUCCCGAGUCGCUCUCGGCCGCCCUCGAGGCGCGGCGCGGUCCUCGUGAUGCCGAGGCCGAGAGGCUCGAGGCGGUGGAUCGGUGCCGACGGCGCCCCUUGUGGUCGCAGGACGCGGCCCCCCGACUUCUGCGCGUUCUUCAAGCCCUCUGCGACCAGGUGGAAUCGUACAAGAUGUCAAUCCCUCGCUUCGAGGAGCUCCUGCAGCAGCGCCGCGAGGCCUUCGAGACGGCCGAUGCCAUGCUGGACAACCCGCCUCCCGCGCACAGGCCGACGCCGCCGCCGCAGAUGACGCCCGAGCGGCCGAGUAUGGACGAGAUGCUCCGUACCGGCUCGCCGCCGCGACCGUCGGCGAUUGAGGGAAUUGCGCAGCGACUGCUGUCCGAGAUGGGCACCCCGAGUCGGUCCGCGAGCCCCAAGGGCCACAGGGACCAGAGCCGAAGCCCCGGCGCCUUGACGCCCGGCACGGCUUCCUCGGGCGCCAUGGAGAUGAUGACGCCCAAGGCCAUCCGCGUGCCGCCAAGGGACUUUCCGAUACACCAUACCGACCCUGGAAGGAGCGGCAGCGACGCCAUCCGCAGCCUCUCCCCCAGCAGCGCGAGGAGCGCGAGGAGCGCUAGGAGCGAGGCCGUCUUCGGACAGGACGAGAGGAAGAGGGACAGCAGUGCCGCCAGCCAAGCAUCGUCCCACGCAGCCGUCGAUCAGAGCAUACUGGCUAGGCGUGUUGGCCUACCGGAUGACAAGCUCAAGCCCAUCGCACUGCAUCUGGAUCGGAAGCCAGCGUCGGGGGCGGCCGUGACUUUGGACGCUGGUGAAGAGAUGGAAGCCGGGCCCGAGGUAAACGAUGCAGACAUCAGCCUCACUGCGUUGGAGGGGGCAGAGGUCGACGAGGAAGCCGCGUCGGCGGGAGAAAUCAAGGUGUCGGUGUCGCACAUCAUCACCAACGUCAUCAUCUUCCAGUCCUUUCUCCUCGAGCUCGCCAGCUUGAUGCAGGUCCGGGCGGGCAUGUUCGACGAGCUUCGUUACGUGUGA